AUGGACCCAUUAACUCCCUAUUGCCGCGAGCUGGCCUCGCCAGGCAUCUUUCAAACUGUUCUUUCUAUCUUGAUCAUCUUCGGUAUCCUCAUCUCAUACCUCCCCCAACACCUCCGCAUCAUCUCCCGCCGAAGCUCCUUUGGAAUCUCCCCAUACUUUGUCCUCCUUGGAGUCACAUCGGGCACAUCGGCCUUUGCCAAUAUCCUUGUAUUUCCAUCUACCGCUCAAGAUGUUGCCUGCUGUCAGGAGAUUAGCGGAAUCGCCUGUUUCGCAGGUCUCCUAGGCAUAGUCCAGAUGGGCAUGCAGUGGCUUUGCUUCUUUUCAAUUCUCUUACUAUUCGUGAUCUACUUCCCGCGAGCUACAUCUCCAACAGACCCAGUGAGCGCCGUUUCCUCAUCAGCCAGUGGGCCGACCUACCGUACUGCGCUCGUUGUAACAGGAAUCUGUCUGCUUCAUGCGCUCGUUACAAUCAUCAUUUCCAUUGCCUUUGAACUCCGCCAACCCGCCGCAGUUCCAGCUUGGGCGAACUUCCUCGGUGUCUUGGCUGCCAUCCUCGCUUCGAUCCAGUACUUCCCUCAGAUCUAUACUACGUUCCGACUGAAGUGUGUGGGGAGCUUGAGUAUACCUAUGAUGUGCAUCCAGACACCGGGCAGUCUUGUCUGGGCUGGUAGUCUGGCAGCGCGGAAGGGAUGGAGCGGAUGGAGUAUUUGGGGUGUGUUGGUUGUCACGGCUUGUUUACAGGGCACUUUGCUUGCAAUGGCAAUCUACUUCGAGUACUUUGGGCCAAAUAACAAACGCGAAGGGGGCCAUCAUGCUAUUCAGGAUGCUCCCGACGGACCCUCCCUGGGCGAGGGGGCUCAGCAAGAGUCUGCAUCUGUGGGUGGACCUUCGGAGGAGACGCCAUUGCUUCAGAGCCAGUGA